CCUGAGGGGAAUCUUUUGGUUGAACGACAUGUACACAAAAUGCGAGCUAGCCGCCCUCGGACCAUUUCCACUUCGAUCUGUACUUUGAAGCCAUCGAAUGGAGCCAUGAUGGACCCGAUGCUUCUUCUCGUCCUCAUGAGCUGCGCUAUAUAUCGUGUUACAGGCACGUUAAAUCCCUCCAAAAUCUUCUACUUCGUGAAUCAACCCAAAGCCUUCGACGAGGCUCAGCGACACUGCCGCGACGCUCACACCGAUCUGGCGACGCUACGGGACCGCGCGGAAGUGGACGAGCUCUUGGCUCUGGAAGACUUCACGUCCACUGCAUCCGCCUGGAUUGGACUGAAGAAGACCAGUCAAUCCCAGUGGCAAUGGUCUCUGGCCGACCAAGACUUUUACAAGGACGGAAAAACCGGAUAUAUACAAUGGGGACGAAGCGAACCAACCAACACACCCGGUGAAUACUGUUCGGUAAUGGAUGAUCAGGGGAACGUUCGUGACACGACUUGUCAGACGCAAAGGAACUUCAUUUGCUACAAUGGUCAGAAUAGUAAUGAAGAGAAACACAUCUUGGUUAAUGAUCUGAAGUCAUGGAGGGAAGCUCAGAGUUACUGCAGACAGUUUCACACAGAUCUGGCCAGCGUCAGGAACCCGGAGGAGAACCUGCAGAUCCAGAAGCUCAUUCCUACAGGAGGAGUCCCAUAUAUCGGCCUUUACCGGGACGUUUUCGGCUGGUCCGACGGCGACUCGUCCUCCUUCAGGAACUGGGACCCUUAUCAGCCGGAUGGAUCGGGAGAUUGUGUGGCUCAACGAUUACAGGAUCCCAGACUGUGGGUCGAUGAGACGUGCAGCAGUCCCAAACCUUUCUUCUGCUAUGCGACCGUAGUGUUUAAACAGGUCCUGAGACUGGAGCUGGGGUCGGAUCGGGACGUGAACGAUCCUGAUGUGAAGGCCACCAUCCUCCAGGAGAUCCAGCAGAGGCUGAUCUCUCAGGGAGUGACGGAGAGCGUGCAGUGGAGGCAGCAGCCGGACGGAAACAUCUUUCAAGCCAGAGCUCAGUCAUAAUAUCUCUGUCAAGUCAUCUUCAUUUAUGUAGCGCUUUUAACAAUGUAGAGAAGCAUGGAUACACGCAUAUAUAAACAAAUAUAUAGUAACAAUAUUACACAUGCUAUUUUUGAGUAGUUAAGGCUUGAUUUCUUUCAUAGAAACUACCUAAAUAAAUCAUGUAAAAUCCCCUUAAGUAUUUAGUCUAAGAUACAAUGGAUUUAAUAUUUUUUGUGAAAUAUGCUUUUUUAUUUUAAG